CUUGCUUACAAUUUUCUUAGCCGCGCCCCAUCUCCGAGACGAAAGUCCCCAGUCAACCUCACUACCUCUGAACUGUAUGCCAAUCUCCGCCCUUAACCGCACCCCUCGUUCUCCGCCGCUGUCCCGAGCUCUGUGGGCGCAUCCGUCACGCGGGAGCGCGCCUCCCACCACCCGGCUCAGCCCUCAAGAUGGCCGGGAUCCCGCUGUACUUUGUGGAUCUGCAGGACGAUCUCGACGACUUUGGCUUUGAGGAUUAUGGCCCAGACUGUGAGAGCAUGAGAAUAUCUGCAUUCUUGGACAUCCCAGGGCAGGACAACCUGACUCCUCUGGCCAGGCUGGAGAAAUAUGCAUUCAGUGAUAACAUAUUCAACAGGCAGAUUAUUGCCAGAGGUCUGCUGGAUGUGCUGAGAGAUUUUAGCAGCAAUGAGGAAGAUUUUCUAACAGUAAUGGAAAUAGUCGUCCGUCUGUCAGAAGAUGCAGAACCCACUGUACGGACUGAGUUAAUGGAGCAGAUACCUCAGAUCACCAUCUUCCUACAGGAGAGCCGCUCUCACUUCCCUAGAGCCUUCUCUGGAUACCUCAUGCCCAUUCUUGUGCGCUACCUUACAGACCCCAAUAAUCAGGUGAGAAAGGCCACACAGGAAUCCUUACUGAUAUUACUGGAGCAGGACCUGAUUGAUCAAAAUGACUUGGAGAACAAGGUGUGCCCUAUACUCCUCGAACUCUCCGCCCCCGAGAAUGAUGAUGAAUACAAAGUGGAAGCUGUAAACAUUAUCUGUAAGAUGAUCUCCAUGCUGGGCAGAAAGACUGUGGAACAGAUGCUCCUUCCUCGAUUCUGUGAUCUUUGCAGCGAUGCUAAAUUGUUCCAGGUUCGAAAGGUCUGUGCUGCCAACUUUGGAGAUGUGUGUAAUGCAGUUGGCCAGGAAGCCACAGAAAAGUUCUUGAUCCCCAAAUUCCUAGAACUUUGCUCGGACAGUGCGUGGGGGAUGCGUAAAGUCUGUGCCGAAUGCUUUAUGGCUGUUUCCUACAUGACAUCCAGUGAGGUCCGGCGGACAAAGCUCUCUCCCCUCUUUAUAAAUCUAAUCAGUGAUCCUUGUCGAUGGGUUCGACAAACUGCUUUUCAAUCUCUGGGUCCAUUUAUUUCCACCUUUGCUAACCCAUCUAGUGCAGGACUGUAUGUAAAGGAGGAUGGAACUCUGAGUAUCAGACCCCCACAAGAGGAUGUGGUAUCUGGGGAUGUCUUGGGCACUUCUUCCAGUCCUGAUAGCCACGAAACUACAAGGCCAAGCCAGACAGAUCCCUGCUGUUACUCCAGAUCUGACAAACCCAAUGGCAUGAGUCCAGAGCGGCUUCCUGCUAAUAUUGGUUCAGGAGAAGCUGAUACUAGGCAUGGAAGGAAACUACAAGGCAACUCUGCACCUGUGGAAAAUCGCACAGCAGAUGUGUAUAAUUCCUUCUUGUACUGGCGCAGCCCAUUACCUGAUAUCAGUGAGGAGCUGGAACUGCUUCCUCUACAGUCUCAUAAGCAGUCUGAGCUGAACCCCAGGCCCAGUCCUGUAUGCAACUCCUAUAUGGCCAGCAGGGAGAUUGAAAAGGCCAUCCAGAGUUUGCAGGGACACAUGGAUGAUCCCAACGUACAAGCUCAGGUCCAGGUUCUGUCGGCCGCACUCCGGGCUGCUGAACUUGACUCCGUUAACCAACAAGAUGGAUUGGGUGUACAGGAUAGGAGCCCUACAGAUGAUAAGUCUCCAUCUGAGACAGAAAUUGAUGUUCCACCUUCUAUGACACAGGCAACCUCUCCAGAAUCAGAACCAGCAGAACCUGUAACUCCUCCUGCUCAGAUUGAGGAUAUAGUUGAAGACCCCAGUUCUCCCAUUAAACCUGAGGAUGAAGAGGGAGAUGAGGACAGUCCUUGGGAUGAGGAAAAGCCUAAGGUUCAGGAUGUGGUACCACAACCAUUAUUGGACCAGUACCUGUCCAUGACUGACCCAGCUCGUGCCCAGACGGUGGAUACAGAGAUUACUAAGCACUGCGCAUACAGCCUGCCUGGGGUGGCAUUAACCCUUGGAAGGCAGAACUGGCAUUGUUUAAAAGACACAUACGAAACACUGGCAGCUGAUGUUCAGUGGAAGGUUCGGAGGACGUUGGCCUUCUCCAUACAUGAACUGGCCGUAAUCCUUGGGAAUAAGCUCACAGCAGCCGACCUGGUGCCCAUAUUCAAUGGCUUUCUGAAAGAUCUAGAUGAGGUGCGCAUCGGCGUGCUCAAACACCUGUACGACUUCCUUAAGUUGCUCCACGCGGACAUGAGGCGUGAAUACUUGUAUCAGCUGCAGGAGUUUCUCACAACCGAUAACAACAGGAACUGGAGGUUCCGCUAUGAACUGGCAGAACAGCUGAUUCUGAUCCUGGAACUGUACAAUCCCAGAGAUAUCUAUGACUAUCUGCGAAGCAUUGCCAUGGCUUUGUGCUCUGAUAAAGUGUCCGAGGUCAGGUGGAUCUCUUACAAGCUGAUUGUGGACAUACUGAAGAAGUUCUAUGCAAAUGGUGAAACCGAACUGGGUAUUAAUUUCAUCCACGAGCUGGUUGUGCAUUUCCGACACUCGUCCAAGUGGGUGGGACGCCAAGCGUUUGCCUUCAUCUGUCAGGCUGUGGUGGAGGAGGAGUGUAUUCCUGCCGAGCAGUUUGUUGUCCACUUGCUGCCCAGUCUUCUCAGCCUCGCCUCCGACCCUGUGCCCAAUGUUCGGGUUUUGCUGGCAAAAGCCCUGAAGCAGACACUGCUCGAAAGAGCUUAUUUCACCAGCCUGGGAAAUCCGCACCUGGAUGCUGUGGAGAAGACUGUGCAAGCCAUGCAGCUAGACAAAGAUCAGGACGUGCGCUUCUUUUCAGCAGCUGAGCCAAAGCGACCCUUAAGUAGCACUCCCCUGGAACAGUCGGUAGAUUGAUCCUGCUUCAGUUCACAUUGCUAAACCCACAAACUCAAUGGAUAGGUUUUUCCUUUUCAGUGCCAGACAGAGGCAAGUCUUUCUUUCCCUUGUGAUGCUGCUCUGUCUGGCAGGGAAAGGGUUACAGCCGCAUGCAGUGUAUUACAUCACAAAUGUUAAACACUGAGCACACCCUGCAAGAGCACCCUUCAGUGACGGUCAACUCCCCUCGUAUUGAGCGUCUUAACUUCAAGGAGGCGCUAAGCUUUUUUUUUUUUGCUUUUUUUUUUUUCCCACGAACAAAGGGCUUCACCAUUCUACCAACGAUUGAAUCCAAUGUUCAGUGUCUGUAUAUACAUGUACAAGAGCAAACCGAGAAGAAACUGUAAACUAUCUACUUCUGUAAUAUGUUUUUAAAUAUAUUUUAUAUAUUUUUUUAACAAAACCUGUGGUGGACAAGCAGGGGGUCGGGGGGUGGUUAAUAAAAAAAUACUUCGGAUAACCGCAUUGAUAGCAAACAUCCAGGGACUUGUUUUUUGUUUGUUUUUUUAAGUUUUCUGUAUUUGCUUAGGAAAUGAAUAAUUCUAACCAAAUAGACUCCUGCCAUGAAGCAGGGACCUCGGUACAACUACAGCAGGGGGCAUUGCGCUAUACAUUCCCAUUAAUCUGCAUACCAGAUUUCUGUGCUGUAUAUGUAAGCAGAACAAUACAGAAAUGAAGAGUUCAUGCUUCCAUAGGCAUCAGAUAUUGGUUUGGGCAACAUCACU